AAUCUGUUAAAAUCAAGAAGGAUAAAAAUAUCCCAAUAAUAAAACAGAUUUGAUUUCUGUAGAAUAUGACGGAAAUCUUUUCAUCUUUGUACUCUCAGACUGAACCUCAGGGACCUGCUGGACCCUCUGCGAUGGGGUUUGGCCCCGGAAAACCACUUGCACCUCCAGUACCCCAAAAUCCAGUCCACAUGGCGGUUCCCAUGUCUCACCAGUUAGUGGAUGAAGGACCUCCACUCCGAAAAUCCACAUCCAUGAAUGAGCCGUUUUACCUUGUGAGAGAACUGCCCAUGGAAAAUGAGCUGACUGGAAACACCAACCUCAUCACACACUACAGCCUGGAACACGCGUACAACAAGUUCUGUGGCAAGAAAGUGAAGGAAAAGCUCAGCAACUUUCUUCCAGAGCUACCAGGUAUGAUCGACAUUUCAGGUCAUCAGGAUGGAAGUUCCUUACAUUCCCUUAUCGAAAAGCCACCAGUAUGCAACAACUCCUUCAGCCCUCUCACUGGUACCAUGCUCACGGGGUUCAGACUGCACACGGGCCCCCUUCCUGAGCAGUACAGACUGAUGCACAUUCAGCCGCCGAAGAAGAAGAGCAAAAACAAACGACACCACAGACCAGACCCCCUACCGCCAGAAACGCCUUCAGACUCAGAUCACAAGAAAAAGAAGAAGAAAAAAGAUGACGAUCCUGAGCGGAAGAAAAAGAAGAAGGAUAAGAAGAAAAAAAAGAACCGCCACAGCCCUGAUCACCCGGGUAUGACCAGCUCCCAGCCCAGCGGCAGCAGUCUGAGAUAGGAGGACAGAACGGACGCUGAUUAUUCACCGCACAUGGUGUUAAAAACAGAUGAGAGAUGAUAUUUUAUUGAAUAAUGUGUGCAAACGUGUGUUUGAAAGAGAGACUGUGAGAGCAGCGACAAGCAAGUCAGUUUUUAUUCAAGAGUAUCAGCACCAAACCUCUUCUGUUCCAUCAGUUCAGAUUCCUGUAAAUACUCAAGUUUUUUUUAUUUAUGUUAUGAUGCAUCAAUAUGAUUUAUGAAUGUAUUUUUAAAAUCAUAAAUCAUUCCUAA